GUUCUAGUUGUUAUCCCGGACAAAUUGUGAGUUCGUUGUUCUCUGAUAAAACAAAUUAAAUGGACCCACCCGGCAAUAAUGACUGCUUUUGAAACCAACCUUUAGCUUGUCAAUAGGGCGUGAACUAAUUUUACACAAACUGUUUUCGUACACGCUGCUUGGAUUGGUAUAAAAAAAAAACACUCAUCAUCGCACAAAAUUGCGGGCCUAAUCGAUGUUCUUGAUGUCAGCCGGCUCCUCCGAUUUUGUGUCUAAAGCUUGGAAAUCGGAGGAAAAGGAAGCCCAGUUGGAAGCUAACCGGAAUCUCUGCUGCUGUGAGUACGUGACGGAGGACAGUCGGCAGCGAUCACAUAUCCUAGGAUGCUGUUGUAAUUGCGUGGAUUUCGAUUUAGUGUUCACAAGACUUGUCACCUGCCGGAAUAUCGAUCGAAAGAACGUAGACGGCAUGUUAAUCGCCUUUCAAGACCGGCUGCGUCUACCAUGGCGCGGCGGAGCUAAGCGAAUCUCGCCCGCAGCAGUGGCUCCUGCCUUCAUUGUGCCCCUUAUGCUGGGGUUGGCUACUUUGAACUCCAAGACCGCCAUAGUACUGAUGCUCACCCUUGUGGGCUUCACAAUUUGGGGCAUGCAGCUAGCAAAGAGAACGGCUACGAGGACCAACUUCUUUUUGAGUUGGCUGAUUUUCUCUGUGUUCUACAUGAUCAUUAUAUUUGAAUUUCAGGUGCCUCUGCUGGAGCUGGCUCCGGAAGAGAAUUACGCUCUAAUGUUUUUCUCUUGUGCGGCUCUGUACUGUAUCUACUCUACCAAGGUACUAUCUCCCUUAAAUCUAGUCUCAGCACAGUACGGAACCACGCCUAAAGAUGAGUUGCCUGGCAUAGCAGAGGCUUCUAGUGGCGAGGAGCAGGCCGAGGCCCAGACCACGCUCCAGAUGGAGAGUGUACUGACUUUAGAUGACGACGAGGUGGUGGACAUGGACACUGCCGAGCGAUCGGGCUUAAUGCACGGACAUCCCAACAUCUGCGAGAUUUGCAGAAAGGUGACUCCAAGGCGUGCUAACCACUGUCCUGUAUGCGGAACCUGCGUGAAAAAGCGGGAUCACCACAGUUACUGGCUAAACUGCUGCAUCGGAGAGCGCAACUACGUAUGGUAUAUUGUCGGGCUGGCUCUGUCGGAGAUCGCACUCCUACUGGGCGCUAACUUAACCCUUACUUCGAUUUGUCAUCCUUUUAUGGUGGUGCGGCCUCUCGGCUAUCCAGUGCUCUUACCCGACGAUUGUAGCGAGGUAUUCGAGGGCUUUGAACUAGGAAUUUCUUUUGUGGUGGCUUGCUACGCUCUCCUUAUUUCCGUUUACAUAGCCUUUAUACUUACUCGACAGGCCUACUUGUGGUGGAGGGGCUCCACCCUGCACGAAUACAAACGCGCCUCCAAUGCCUCAGGUCGUAAUCGAAUCUGGAGCAACUGGCGAGCCAUUUUGAAGUGAUUGAUCAAAUACCACAGAGCAGAAAGCACAACCUUGUCGCCCAAAUACUAAAGUAUUUAUAGUCUAAACGCUGUUCUUCAUAGUCGUACUUAGUCGUAGCGCUUUAAGGUCAUAAAUGCAAUUUCAAAUUUAUUCAAAAUAAAAAUAAUAAGAAAUAGAA